AUGUUGGGGAAAUUAGGUGUCUCGCUUUGGGAAGUCGAGUUUUAAAAAGCUCGGGCAGACCAUGCUAUGACGACUUCACUGAUCCUGCAUCCACGCUGGGCGGAUACCUUCAUGUACGUGUAUGAGGAGAACCCGAAUGAGAAUAACCAGAAUAAAAUCCCAGCCAUGGAAGGGCUCAGUGGGAACUGCCCAGCCAGCCACUGCCGGGAUUUAAUCACCCACCCGGUCUUGGGUCGUCAUUCCAGCACCAUUGGGACUCACCAGGGCUCGGUCUACACGGAUAUACCUGCUCCGGAUGCCGCCAGGCAGUGCCCCGCUCCGCCAGCCUCCUCCAACGCCACCCUGGGCUACGGCUACCCCUUCGGAGGCAGCUACUACGGGUGCCGGCUGUCCCACUCCCACAACGUGAACUUACAGCAGAAGCCUUGCUCCUACCACCCGGCCGAGAAAUACCCCGAGCCCAGCGGCUCCCUCCCCAGCGAAGAACUCUCCUCCCGGGCCAAAGAGUUUGCUUUUUACCCGAGCUUUGCCAGCUCCUACCAGGCGGUCCCUGGUUAUUUGGACGUAUCGGUGGUCCCGGGGAUCAGUGGGCACCCGGAGCCACGGCACGACGCGCUGCUUCCCAUGGAAGGCUACCAGCACUGGGCUCUGUCCAACGGCUGGGACGGGCAGGUCUAUUGUUCGAAAGAACAGUCCCAGUCGAGCCAUCUCUGGAAGUCACCUUUCCCAGAUGUGGUCCCUCUUCAGCCAGAAGUGAGCAGCUACCGUAGGGGUCGAAAGAAACGAGUCCCCUACACGAAAAUCCAGCUGAAAGAAUUAGAAAAGGAAUAUGCCGCCAGCAAGUUCAUUACCAAAGAGAAGCGGAGAAGGAUUUCGGCGACCACUAACCUUUCCGAGCGCCAGGUUACCAUUUGGUUCCAGAACCGCAGGGUGAAAGAGAAAAAGGUGGUUAGCAAAUCUAAGACACCUCACCUUCACGCGACCUGA